UGCCUUCGCUUCAUCGACAUGUAUACAAGGGAGUUGCGCAGCCAAGUGUCGUCGACUCACACUCAUGAAUUGUCCCACACACGUCGGGGCACACACUCACCGCACACCACCGCCGGCAACACGACAGAGACACAGUCAGGCAGGGGUCACGCCCAGGUCAUUUGUCUGUUCUGGACCUCUCCCGCCAGCCGCAGCAAAUCGCCUGACGCCGUCAGACUGAUUUCAAAGACACGCACACACACACAAACACAGACAGACAGACAGACAGAGACACAGACGUUGACCCAUGUCGGCGGGCACGUUGACGGGUGCGUGCCCCCCUCCCCACGGCAGCUCACAUUCUGUGUAGGGUCCCUCUGCCGACCAGGUCCUGAAUGUGGAAUGUCACGCCGAGCUGCGACUGCUUCGAGGGCUUCUGCCGCACCUCAAGCUCCAACAUCUCCUUGAACCGACACCUAUAGACACACACACAGAUAAUGACCACAUUCAUUCACUCGAUCAUGAGUGCAUGUCCGUGUUUUGGUGGCUGCGUGUGUCGACACCUUCUGAUCCCAGACGACGGGUUGCGGACAUCGGCGCACCUGGAUUCCACGACAAGAGGAUCCGCUGGUCAGCUGAGGGAACUGGCAACCUCCCCAAGCUCUUAAGAAGCUCCUCGGCACGCCACUCAUCAUGCCAUCGCCCAUUGUCUCGGCGCCAGCAUUGGCAUCCUUUUCUUGCGCGGAGCAUCGAAUCCAUCGAAUCUCGCGACUGCUGCCAUGGCUGUUUGUGGUGUGUCAUGGUGGUCAUGGUCCUGCAAAGAAC